GGAGGGCUGGAGGCAGAAACUAAAAAAGAGUAGAAAAGCAUUUAAAUUCAUAUUGUAGUAUUCCAUAUUCAACAUUAUAACUUUUUAUAAUUUUUGAGCAACAACUUUCUAUCUCAAGUCCAUACUCAUGAAAAUCCGCUAGGUGUGCCACUUUUGCUUAGACGUGCGAAUAUAUGAUGCGUUCGCGCGGUAGAAUCUGCAAAGAUGCUCAGAUAUAACUUUUCUUAGGUUAUGUUUUGCAUUGUUGAUUUGCGGGUAGUAAUGUUUUUAUUUGUGGACUGAGUGUUAAAUUGAGUAUAAUAUGUUUAAUAAUAGUAGUCAGGAGCAUGAGAAGAAAAAUAAAACGUUCAACAGAAGAGUGACGAUGUCUCCUAAUGAAACACGAAAUUCAUCGUACGUUGAUGACAUCAACGAAAAUUUUGACUGCCUCAGAAUAUCUAUCCUCAACAAGGCAUCGCGUGUAUCUGGUGAAUUCAAUAAGGUGACCCUUGGCCCAGAUGCCGAUCAUAAAAAUGGUCUCGAUUCCAAUAACAUCACUGCAGAUGAAUCAAAGACCAAGAAACCUGCAGUUAAUGGAAACCUGUCUCCUAGAAGCAAUAUCACGUUUUCGAUCAAAAAAAUUCUGCUGGAAAAUGAAGUACAACGACGUGAAAAAGUCAAGAAAGCUGUUGAGCAAAAAAAGCAAGAGAUGGAAAGAUCUCAGAGAGAAAUUCAAGAAGAAUUAUCUGAUUUACUUUCUAAAAUGAGUGUCCAGCGUGAAAAAGAAACAGCAGCGAAAUUGGCUCAAUUGGAAGCUGAAGAAGAACAAAUUGCGCAACAGCAAGAGAUAGACAGAAAAAAAGAGGUUCAAAGAAGAAAACAAGUAGAAAGUGAAGAAAUUUUGAGAAAAAUUACUCCUUUUCGAGAAAAUUUCAAUGCAAAAUGGAAAGAAAUUGCCAAUGUUUCACUAGCUUGUCGAGACAAGCAUUCUGCAGCUCGUCUCUUAGGCAUUCAUUCAAAUAAGCUCAGUCAACUGAGUCAACAAAUGGAGGCAAUUAAUGCAAAAGCCAGAAAUGCUGAUCUUACUCCAGCAGACAUCAAAAUGGCUGAGAUAAUUGCAGAAUGCAGUGGCGAAGUUUAUGAGUUAUUCAAAUCAGAUAUUGAUCGUAUUGAAGCUUUGUAUGAUCAAGAAAUAGCUCGACGAGAGCAAGAAAUGAAACAAGCACAAUUAGCAGCACAGGAAGAAGCCUUGAAGAUAAAACAGAUGCAAGAAAUGCAGAAUACUGUUAAAGUGCCUGAGCAGCCAGUACCUGUUCAACAAGAAAUCAGAUAUGAACAGCAGCAGCAACAGCAGCAGCAACAACAACAACAACAACAACAACAACAACAACCACAACAGCAGCAACAGCAGCAGCAACCACAGCAGUCUGUUAUUCAAAAUCAGCAAGUGACGGAGGUAGAUAGCUCAAAAGCAGCAGUACAAGCUCCACAAAAUACAAAUGCUUCUACACCAGUGGCCACCUCUAAUCAAGUUCUUACAGCUAAGCGUAGUGAAGUAACACCUGAUCAGUAUCCUGAUAAAGAAUGUUUACAAAUUUAUAUUAACAGCAUACAGUUUUUACAAAAUUAUGCAACAAAAUAUCAAACAUUUGCAAAAUCUGAUUCUAUGAAAAAACUUAGAUUUGAAUUGCAAAAAACUUUGAAUAUUACAAUUAAUUCUAUCUCUCACGUAAGCAGAGAUCAGUUAAUUGAAAAAUAUAAUAAGUUGAGAACAUUCUUAUCAGGGAGAGGAAACAUUAAUAUUUUACAGGAUCAGCAAAUCGAAUGUUAUGCGAAAAAUCUGUUAGCUCAAAAAAUUUUGGAUCAAGGAGAUACAAGUAAAUGGGAUCUGGCGUUUCCAUUCGGAGCGAUUGCCGUCGCGCUGUGGAACGAUUUCCCGGAUUUCGGUGAACUCCUAUUGGCGAAAUUUCGAACAAAAAGCCCAUUUUUGGUACCUGUCUUCCUUAUGCAGAGAAACGAUCAGUCUGAAGAGGAUUAUUACAAGAUACUUGGUUGUAAAUAUAACGAGAAUGGAACGCCCGAAAAGCCUGACCAAUUUUUAAAAAGGCUAGGAGGAACUAUGUAUUUAUAUGCUUCAAUAAUGGUGACCAAACAAAGACAAGGCGUUAACAAGCCUCACCCUCAUGGAAUUGGAAAUGCGUGGAGAUGGUUGGCAGCAACCAUAAAUAUAGAACCGAGAUGUGAUAUAGCCGAUAUUUGUGCUACUUUAAUAUUUGCUAUUCUCGAGGUUACUGGCCACGAGUUAUGGCAAACAUAUCCCAAUCAGUUUCCGAAGAUGUUAGCGAUGCUAUAUAACGUAUACUUUACGAAGCUCAAGAGUUUUGAUCCAGUUGUCAGUGCCCCAGUUAGUAGACUAGGAGACUUUUUAAGUAAAGCUAUUGAGACCGGUACAAUUCCAGCGCCGAAAAAACAGAUACCGGCCAAUUUCUGGUAGUAAAGUGACACGCGAUAAGUUAAGCAUUAGGAAAUAAUAAAAUUAAUGUACAUAAUGGAAAAAAAUCGAUUCAAAACAAACUAGAUUGUAUGUGUAAAAAUUUGUGACAAACCAUUAAGUCAAUGAGCAAUUAACGAUAUAAGUGACUCGUAUCGAGUGUUGUAUUGUAUUUUAUUAUUAUGUAAAAAAUGAAUGAUGUUGGGCGUUUACCUAUUUGUAGUUGAGAAUUAAAGUCGUGAUUCUUUUCAAGAGCAUGCCAGCUUAAUAAUGUUGAGUUAGUUUUUGGUAGAUAGAAGUACACUGUCUAACUGAUGACAGUAAGCAGUUGUUUUUUUUUAAUUUCAUUACUUAGAUUUAAUAAGAAAUAUAAAAUUAAUUAAUUUCUUA